AUGGCAUAUGAUGUGCCAGGUGCUGCCGGCAGCGGCGGCGGCUUCCCCAUAGUGCUCAUCGCGCUCACCCUCAAUCCGUCGGCGGCAUUGGGGCCGACACUAUCGGUGGCAGCGGCCCCAUGCCACACCGGCGGAGGCGGCCUUGCGGCACACCAGCAGCGGAAUCCGCGGCGGCCUGCUCCCCCUCGCUGCGACUGGCGGCGGCCCUGCUCCCCCAGGAAGGCGACGUACGCGAGCUCGGAAGGCCCCUUCCUUGCUUCUCUCGUCAUCUCCGGCCGACGCCGCGCUCUCCUGGUUGGCCUGUGCGCGUCCUCCUCCUCCCCAGUGGACAACGGCGUUCUGCAGCUGCAGUAUGACCAAGCGAUCUACAUGCAAGCCCGCCGAAGUUCGUUCCCGAGGAAGAUAUCCUCAUGCAUCCUGAUGGCUAUAUCCAUGCAUGAUUCAAAAUAUGAUACAAAUGUCGCUGUGGGUGUCCAUCCUUCAAUCACAGCAUGAUGCACUAGUGUGCGUAUAAGCAUAUAUAGGCACUCCUGAGGAUCUGCUUCUAGAGUUUCCACCGAAGAUGAUCAAGAUUCAAGAAGUUUUCACUAGCCUCUGUCUUUGGCCCUUUUGGUUUAAAAUAAAGAGGGCUAGGUUUUCAUUUGUUGUACCUUUGAUUUAUUUCAGACAAACGUAUGAAUCCUUACUUUGUUUUACGUCAACCUCUUGUUUCCAUCGGUGCAACCCAUUGUGUAAAAGCUUAAGUAUAUAUCUGAAGGCUUUAUUGUAAUUCUGGUAUAAUCAACUUUAGUAAAAUUGUAAGUAGUUUCUAGUAACUUGAUCGUUCUAUUUUUCGUAAAUGUUUUAUGUAAAAUCGAUGA